UGUAAAGGGUCGCCAUUGCCCCUUCUUUUUUGUUCUCUUCCUGACCCUCUUCCAGUUUGUCUUUGUCCGUUUCUUCACAUAUGACGGAGCUGUCAAUGGCCUAACCUUUAGUCUGCAAAAGGCUGCUUAAGGAUUCCAUUUCAUUCUCUCCCUCUCUCCGUUUCCUCUACCUCUCUUCCGUUCCUUUCCUUUCUUUUGCCUCAACGCUUAGAGAAUGGACGGCGUUGAUCAGGGGGAGAGGCGGCGGAGGAGUCUGAAAGAGCGGCUGGGAUUCAAGGGAAUGGGCUGCUGCGGCGCCACCUGGGGGGGCCUCCGGCCGACCACUCUAAGCGUCCAAGACGACGCGGAGGAAGGCCGGGAACAAGAGUUAUUAGAUGCGGUCGAGACCCCGGCGGGGAGCGCGUCGGGCGAUGUCUGCGCGGGGGAGACGCGGUCGGCGUCGGGGAUGAACUUGGCGGCCGCGCUGGCGGCCGAGCGCGAGCUCCGGGCGGCCCAAGAUUCGGACGGAGGAGCAAGCCCAUUAAGGCCCACGAACGGGCGGCCCAGCAGCGAAACGGCGUCGGAAACGCCGUUGAGAGUGUCGCUGAUGAGACUGAUGGAGGAAACGGAGGGCAGCGAGGGAGAGAGAGAAACGGCGGCGGGGGAGGGGAGCGAUUCGGUGUGCUGCGUGUGCAUGGGGAGGAAAAAGGGCGCGGCGUUCAUACCAUGUGGGCACACAUUUUGCAGGGUGUGUUCGAGGGAGCUUUGGUUGAAUCGAGGGACUUGCCCCAUUUGCAACCGUCAGAUCCUCGAGAUUCUCGAUCUAUUCUAAGAUAUCAUAUCGCCACUUCUUGGGAUGUACGUCUAUGAUUCGCUUCCGUUUCAUUGGACGGUGGAGGAUGCAGCUGGGGUGGGGUUGUCGCUUGUCAACCUGUUGAUUUUUCAUGCAAAAUAAUAAAAUAUUUGUAUUCUAUUAAUUCUGCAUAUAAUUUGCCUGUUCUCCUCUCUUCCAUGCCCAAUAUUCAUUUCUUUCAAGCCACGUUGAAU